CUUGGCAGCCUUGGGACUAAGUAUCCCCACCCCCUCAAAAAUGGAGGACGAAGGAAAAUCUCAGCAAGUUUUCGAUACCAAGACGAUCUUUACGAUAGGAAGUGAAGUUACAAGCAAAGUGAUUUGUUCGGUGCCCUUUAGAUCGCCGGACGGAGAGGAUUUAAUUGCGAUUGGAUGUGCCGAGGGUAUAUGGGUAGGAUGUAGGAAUGAUCCCCAGUCCUUGCGGCGCGUACUUCUAGUGAAGAAACUCUCCCAAUUCGCGAUCUUAGAAGACAUAGGGAUUUUUGUGGUCCUAGCUGAUAAGGCGCUCUACGCGUAUCACAUAGAAGCGUUGUUUUCAGCCUCGCCUUCGCAUCAACAAGCAUCCCAGCGGGCAUACCAAAUAAGUGAAAGGAAGAAGGAUGUUCACUACUUCAACGGCGGAUACGUGCAAGGACGGAGGUUGAUUGUCUACGUCAAGUCAGGCUCGCUCAGUAGCACAUUCUACAUAUUGGAAGCCGAUAUUCCCAGAAUCUCUAGCAGUGAGUCGGGUUGGUUCAAGAGUUACAAGAAAUUCUACAUACCUCGAGAGACGCACGACGUUAUCUUCUUGAACACAAAACUCGCUGUUCUCCAUAUCAAAGGUGUCGACGUCCUGGAUCCCUUUGACCUGCAAACAAUGACAAUUCCAUCAAAGGACGAUUUCAAGAGUGUAGUAGACUCGAAGCUCCGUUCAUCUUUUCGUCCGCUAGGGAUGUUUAGGGUGCCAGGCGACCCGGAGUCGGACAAAGACGAGUUCUUGAUUUGCUACAGCAAUUUCGGACUGUAUCUUGAUUCGUUGGGCGAGCCGACAAGAUCCAAACCUGUAGUCUCAUGGGGAGUAGAGGUCCAGCAUGCUGCCCUCCUCAAUUCAUCUUACAUCGCUCUCUUUUCCCGUCAGUCCGUAGAGAUUCGAGGUUUGUAUAAUGGGGAGGUUACCCAGGUCAUCAAAGGAAAGGAUGUUCGGUGCGUUUGGGACGGUCGUGUUACCACAAUCGCCGAUCCCCAUGAUGCGGCCGUGGAUAGGCCACGAGCGUUAGGAAUGAUGAAUAGCGAGGAGAUUCCGGGAUGUCAAAAGGUGUUUGAGGUCCUACCAGUCGGUUGAUAGUGUUUUGCUGGACUCGGAUUCGGACCGUAAUCAUUAUUAGUAUUUUUGAACUCCGAGGACAAUGCAACAGCCUUCAGAAUCCUCUCGUACGUGGAUCUCAGAAG